AUGUCAUCCGCACAAAUUUCCACCCCCUUCGACGUGACAGCCAACGAUUGUGUGGCGCUGACUCGAAUCCUGACAAACAUUGAUUCCUCAAAUGUCACACUGUCAGCCACACCUGGUGCCGGAGAAGCGCAGAUUGCAGAUUACUUGACCGCAUGGCUCAACCACCGCGGGAUCGAAAACCAUCGGAUUGAGACGGUUGCUGGCCGACCCUCGGUCGUGGGCGUGAUUCGUGGUUCGGGCGGAGGAAAAUCCUUGAUGCUGAAUGGCCACAUCGACACUGUGAGCUUGAACAGUUACGAGAAGGAACCUCUCUCCGGCCACUUUGGUGAAAGAGAUGGUCGCCAGGUCAUUUAUGGCAGAGGUGCUUUGGACAUGAAAUCCGGCCUUGCCGCGGAGAUGGCUGCCUUAGCUUCGAUCAAAGCCCGCGACGUUCCCUUGCGUGGUGAUGUUAUCUUUGCGGCUGUUUCAGACGAAGAAGAUGCAUCACAGGGAACCCAGGACCUCAUUGCAGCCGGAUGGCGCGCAGACGGCGCUGUGAUUCCCGAACCAACCAACCGGGUUCUCAUAUGUGCCCAUAAGGGCUUUGUCUGGGUCGAAGUCGACAUUCUAGGAACUGCUGCCCAUGGCUCAGACCCGGCUUCAGGAGUGGAUUCGAUUCUUCAAGCUGCUUGGUUCAUCAAUGCGUUGGAGGAUUACCAGAGCCGCCUCCCCGUCGACGAGAUUAUCGGGUCCGCAUCGUUGCAUUGCGGACUGAUCAAGGGUGGCGAAGAACCAUCUUCAUACCCUGCAAAAUGUACCGUAACUGUUGAAUUCCGCACCGUGCCAGCCCAGAAUGAGGAAACUAUCAUUCAAGAUAUGAAGGAACUUCUAUCCAAAAUUGCCGAAUCCAAGCCCACGUUUAAGUAUGCCGAGCCUCGCGUUACUCUUUCGCGCCCUUCCCAAAAAUUGCCCUUCGAGCAUCCACUGGUUCAACAAGCUGCUGCAAUUGCUACUGAUGUUUACGAUCAUCCCACCCAUAUUGACAGUAUGGCCAUUUGGUGUGAUGCUGCUCUUUUGGGUGCUGUCGGAAUCCCAACUAUUGUCAUUGGCCCAGCAGGUGAAGGGCUACAUGCAAAGGAAGAAUGGGUUGAUGUUGAAAGCAUUCGGGAAACCGAGCAAAUCUUUGUUCGUCUCAUCUCGGAAUUUUGUCAAUAG